AUGGCCGUGGAUAAGAUUCGUGUUUCUGGUGACCCCCGCAUCGAAUACAAGUCAGCUACCGUGAAUGGCCGUCAAUAUGGUUACCUGCUCAGUCAACCCGAUUCUGGAAAAUAUCGGGCUACGAUCUUCUUGAUCCAUGGCUUCCCAGACAUCUCGAUGGGAUGGCGGUAUCAGAUCCCGAUGUUUGUCAAGAUGGGAUUGCGAGUAGUUGCACCCGAUUGUCUCGGAUACGGCCGAACGGAAGCGCCCGAGGAGGUUGAGCUUUACUCUCACAAGCGAUGCGCCGAUGACAUGAAAGCACUCGCAUCACACUUGGGCGAGUCCAGGAUCAUUCUGGGUGGCCACGACUGGGGCGCAGCGCUAUCCUAUCGAAUUGCGCUUUGGCAUCCAGACUUGAUCAGUCAUCUGUUCACUGUCUGCGUGCCCUACGCACGCCCCCAGCCAACCUAUCUGUCGAUUGAGGAUCUCGUCAAGAACUCGGCUCCUCACUUCAGAUAUCAAAUCCAAUUUGCCAACGGCGAUGUCGAGAAAGUCGUCCGUACCAAGAGCGAAAUCAAACAGUUCCUGGCUGCGAUGUAUGGCGGGCGUGACGAGAAGGGCAAAGUGGGAUUCGAUGCUGAGAAGGGAGUUCUCUUGGAGAAAUUGCCCUCAUUGAAGCCGUCGCGCUUGCUGACUGAAGAUGAACUGGAUUACUAUGCGACUGAGUUCUCACGAAAUGGAAUGCACGGUCCCCUAAACUGGUACCGAACCCGACGAGUGAACUACGAAGAGGAACUUGCCAUCCUUGAUCGCAAGAUCACCAUUCCCGUUCUGUUUAUCCAGGCUCUUAAGGAUCAGGCCUUGCCACCUCACCUUGGGAAGUCAAUGGCCAACCACAUUCCCAAUCUGACCAUCAAACAAGUCAAUACCGCUCACUGGGCGCUUUGGGAGAAGCCUGAAGAUGUGAAUAGUAUCAUUUCUUCUUGGAUGAAUGAAGCUGUCUUUGCAAAUGGGCGGCUGGGCAAGCUUUGA